AUGGGCGCAUCGGAUUCCAAGCUCGUCUUCAAACAGGGCAUCUUCAAAUUAUCAGAGCCGAAAGUGAUCCCCGAGGAUGACCCAUAUUGGACUUCGUAUUGGGAUCUUCCAGAGUCAGCGGAGGAUGUAUUCAGCUUGUUUGCUCCUGCCGACAUUCGGCGUACAAGAGACAACAACUUUGUGAAUCUCGAAACCCUCAUUCGUGCCGUCUGCACACGGAUCUUCCUGCUACGAAAUCACCCGUCUUUCCCUGAUCCCGAGAUCGCCCCAGAAAAGCACAUUCUAAAUUGCAUUCGUGUUCUCACUCGCGUACUUCCAUUCAUUUAUGAGUGCGACCGCUUGGAAGAAUGGCAAGAUCAGUUCUUUUGGGCUCCACGUAAGCGGCGGAGUCGAAGAGGAGAGCUUGUCAAGGCGGAGGUAUUGUUCGACGAAGCAAAACCGGGUGGAGAGAGCCCUGUAUCGACAGACCCGCCCGAGAAUUUCGAAGAAGCAAAACCUCUAGCUGAGGAGCUGCUAGAUACUUUGACUGAUUUGUUGUUUUUCUCCGGCUUCACGCUACCACAAGUCCAAUCAGGCAAGAAUAGGGUCACUUAUUCAAUAUGGCAGAGCGGAGUUGGUUGCAAUAUGCCAGUUGCGUCGACCAAAGAGUACGAAAGCAAUCGGAGUGAGAUACUGCGCUUACUGUUGGCCAUCACCGGAAAGUCCAUGUACACACCUCCAAACAUUCUGCCAGUAAAGGGAGUCAAAGCGAUCACAUAUUUUGCGACCUGUCCGGAUAAGCAGGUAGUGUUAUCAGUCCUGUGUUCACUACUCAACACAACUCUCAAAUACAAUCCAGCAAAUUGGCGUGUUCCAUAUGACCAUGUUGUCUAUCGAGAUCCAAAGCAAAUCCUAGUCACCUAUUGCCUACAAUUCUUGCUUGUACUGCUCCUUUACCCAGUGCCGGACCCUGAAAAUGGACAAACUCCCAAGAAUUUCUACCGUCACUUUUUUGGUCGCCUUCAUCGUCCUCAGGAUUUUCAGUUCCUUACAGAUGGGAUGGCAAGAGUGCUCAAACAACCUGUUCAAGUUCAUUCAUCCUAUCUUCCCGGAAGCCAAAAGUCGCUAAAGUGGGCCCCGGAGAUGAUCAUGCUCUACUGGGAAGCGCUGCAAUGCAACAAGCGCUUUCGGUCUUUUGUCAUCGAUACUGACAGGGCACAUGACUUUGUCAUUCUCAUCCUAUUCUACGCACUGGAGAACAAGAACGACCCUUCAAAACAGGGCAUUGUCAGGAUGUGCGUCUUCGUGCUUCAGACAAUGAGCGUAGAGCCAAAUUUUGGUCGCAGCCUGAAGAAGGCGUUUGAGGGUCAGGAGUCUUUGCCCAAUAGUGUGCGGGUUCCCAAUUUUGUCGGGACAUAUGCAGACUAUCUCGUAAUUUCCAUCUUCAAUCUGAUCACGGGCAGCAAAGGAAAACUAGACACUAUCUAUCCAGCGCUGAUGGCAAUUAUCAACAACAUUGCGCCAUAUAUUGAGAACCUCAGUCUGUCUGCGAGCUCGAAGCUUCUCCAGUUAUUUAAUUCCAUAUCAUCUCCGAGCUUUCUCUUAGCCAACGAGACCAACCAUGCGCUUUUGCAAUCAUUGCUUGAGUCUAUGAACGCGAUUAUCGAACACCGAUACAAGGAAAAUCCAAAGUUCAUCUACGCAGUGAUUCGUUCGAAACAUCGUUUUGAAGCUUUGCGAACAUUUACCCUGGAAAGUGCGCAAGAGGAAAUUGGUCGCCUUAACCAAGCUCGAAAAGAUCAUCGCGACGAUCUCACUUCGGACUUUAACGUACGGAAUUCUAGACAUGGCAACUCGCCGGAAACUAUUCGCAGCUUGAAUGGCAAUAAUCAACGUCAAAGUUCUCCCCUAAGCGAUGUGCCAGAAGACAGCAACGCAUUUGCCAUUGGCGAUGACGAAGAUUUUGACGAAGACAAUGAGGCUCAUCCACCGCGCUCUCAGGCCUCAGCUCAAGGCUCCCGGACGGCAUCGCUUUCCUCUUCAAUCGACGACGCCGUACCAUUGCAACUGCGUGGAAUGUCGGAAAAGGCUCGUGGGAAAAUGCCCGUCGGUCAGCCAUCAUUUUCUCGUCAAAAUAGUACGACUAGUAUCAAUAGUUAUUGGACUGCCUCUCACCAACCGACAGGCAAUUUUAUGCCUUCGGCGGAAUGGGUUGAAACUUGGUUAGCCGAACUUCCACUUCACACCAUCAUGACAGUCAUCUCAGAAGUUUCUCCACGGCUUCCAGCCCGAGAUACCCAGAAUUCUUCGGCUGCAAACUCUUCUCUUUCUGUCAUUCAUGAUACUCAAAUUCACGGAAUCGAACCUUCACCUAUCAGAGUUCAGCUAUUCGAAUGGUCUCCUCUUUCUUUGGGGUGGUAUGAAUCCUUACUCUGGGGUUUUAUCUUCGCUGCCGAGAUGGUGGUCUCCAAGGGAACUGUCGGGGUAUGGAAUGGGACAAGUAUCAAGCUUUUCCGAGUCCAAGAAGCACCUGCUGAAGGUCCAACACUGCUCGCGCCACGGGGGGCAGUGGAUGCAGUGGGGACCAGUAUUGUCCAACGGAUUGGCAGUCUCAAUCUUGGCUCCACCCAGCCACAGUCUGAGCAAGGCGGAGCGAAUGAAAGUACUGGAACGAUCAGAAACCCCGCGUCUCGCGAGGCCUGA